GGGAGAGGGUGCAAGAAGGCUCAAGGGUGGGGCCUGUGAGGGAGGAAUCUACUGAAGGGGUGGGAGGUGGUGUGACAAUUCAGCCCAGUGUGAUACUGCCCUUCAUCCUCCCCACCUCCCUGAUGCCCAGCCCCACCCCCACCAGAUCGUUGCUCCCACACAUCCUGGUGCUGGUUCUUGGGGGGCCUGCGGGAGCCACCAAAAGACAGUCUACCUGCACCAUAAUACAUUUACCCUUCAAAGAAAACACAAAAAAAAAUAGCUUAACGGCACGCUUCCCAGGCCUCCCCUCGCUGCUCGGGGGAGAUGUGCUCAGAAAGGCUCCAGUCGACCGCAAGUGGGGACACAGGUCCGACUCAACACUCCCUCCCUCCCGGCUGUAGCAGGCUGGGAUGCGGCGGCCCCGCCCUCCAACGGGAGCCUCAGGCCCCGCCCCCGGAUGUAUUUAGCCGUGGAGUGCUCCAGGGCGCGCUCAGAGCGCUGGGGAAGCCGGAGCUGCCGGCGCGAGUGGAGUGCGGUCCCUGCCUCACAAGUGGGGAGCGGUCAGCUGUGCCGGCUGGAGCCGGAGCCCACAUCCCUCCUCCUAGUCACCCAGUGCCACGAUUGUGGAACCAGAGCAAAAGUGGGUGAGUCCUGGAGCCGCACCCCACACACAGCGCCCCUGACCCACCCCUGCUGGGGGCAGCCAUGGCCUGGCUGGUGCUGUUCAGCCUACUACUGUGCAUUCUGCGUGCCGGAUUGGGCACCCUGGACUCUGAGGACUUCCUGCACCCCCCACUCCACAACUGCCCUCUCAAAUGCAUCUGCUCUGCUGAUCUUCUGAGCUGCGCAGGCCGUGGGUUGCAGGAUGUGCCGGCUGCAUUACCACCCACUGCUGCAGACCUCGACCUGAGCCACAACGCGAUCCAGCACCUGCACCCUAGUUGGUUGGCUCCACUCUACCGUCUGCGCGCCCUGAACCUGGGCCACAAUGAGCUGGAUAUGCUGGGUCGUGGAGCCUUUGCCAAUGGCAGCAACCUCAGGCUGCUAGAUCUAUCAUCCAAUGCACUGCGGGUGCUUCGGCGCCAUGACCUGGAUGGGUUGGGGGCCCUGGAGGUACUACUGCUGUUCAAUAACCGCCUGGCGCAGCUGGAUGAGCAUGCCUUCCACGGCCUGGCUGUGCUCGGCCGCCUCUACCUAGGCUGCAACGAACUGGCAUCCUUCUCGUUCAACCACCUGCAUGGCCUAGGCACGACUCACUUACGUACCCUGGAUCUCUCCUCCAACCGGCUGAGACACCUCCCUGUACCUGAGCUGGCCGCACUGCCGGCCUUUGUCAAGAAUGGCCUCUACUUACACAACAACCCACUGACCUGCGACUGCCACCUCUACCACCUGCUGCAGCGCUGGCAGCAGCGGGGACUAAAUGCUGUGAGCAGCUUUGCCCGCGAAUACACGUGCCUGGCCUUCAAGGUACCAGCAUCCCGCGUGCGCUUCUUUGAGCACAGCCGAAUCUUCGAGAACUGCUCAGCUUCCUCAGCUCAUGUCCUAGAGCAGCCUGAGGAGCAGCUGCAUGUGCAGGUGGGUCGGUCUCUGAGGCUGCACUGCAAUGCCAGUGCCCCUGCUGUGCGUGUUGCCUGGGUAUCUCCGCAGCAGGAGCUGCUGCUGGCACCAGGAUCCCGCAACGGCAGCAUUGCUGUGCUGGCUGACGGCAGCUUGGCCAUCAGCAACGUGCAGCCAUGGCACGAGGGGGUCUUUGUGUGUCUGGCCACCGGGCCCCGCCUGCACCACAACCAGACACACGAGUACAACGUGAGCGUGCACUUCCCGCAUCCUGAGCCCGAGGCUUUCAACACAGGCUUCACCACGCUGCUGGGCUGCGUCGUGGGCCUGGUGCUGGUGCUGCUCUACCUGUUUGCACCACCUUGCCCGGGCUGCCGCCGCUGCUACCACCGUACCAGCCUCUGCCGCUGCUGGCCCCGAGUGCCCAGCCCACUGCAGGAGCUGAGCGCACCGUCCUCAGUGCUCAGCACGCCACCCGACACGCUCAGUCGCAAGGCCAGUGUUCACAAGCACGUGGUCUUUCUGGAGCCGGGCCGGAGGGGCCUCAAUGGUCGCGUGCAGUUGGCUGUAGCUGAGGAUUUUGAUCUCUACAAUCCCAUGGGCCUAAGAUUCAAGGCUGGCUCUGAGUCUCCUAGUUCCACAGGUUCUGAAGGCCUGGUGCUGACCUAGGCUGCCCAGGGCCCCCACCUGCCUGCCUGCUGCUUGCCCUGCUCCUCGCUGCCACCCAGAGAAAGCUGCCAGAUGCUGGUGGCAAGCACUGUGCUUGGUCUGCAGCCUCCUGUGUGGGCCUUGACCUAAACCACAGUGGCCCUACUCACUGGUAGAGGGGCCGGGUACCCAGCCUCUCCUCCAAGCCAGCGUGGGAUCCCAAGGCACUCGGCCCACUUUCUGUUCAACCUCCUGGCACCCACGUGUGGUCCUAGAACCAACAGCCUCUGGAGUGCCCCAACCUGGGAUCUGACCAGAUCCCUCUUCCCUGACCUACCUUCAGCCUAUGGCCCUUGAGGGCUGAAAACCAAGGCCCACCUGUGAGGUCCUUUGCAUUAGCGUCCCGGCUCCACCCUCAGGUCCAGGCAGCGUGCUGGUGAAGAACUAAAGAUAACCUCCUGCCCCUCCCUAGGGCUGGGAGUGGGUAAGAAGAGGGUUCCAAAAGAAGACCUAGUCCCUCCCCCACUGCGGUAAGAGGAAACAAGCCUUCCCUCUGUUGACGACCUUCUGUCCACCAACAUCCAACCUAAUUCAAGCUUCAGAACUCCAGGAGUGUCUGACGGGCAGACUUGAGGAGGCGGACAGUGGGAUAGCUCCUCAGGAGACCCUAGCAGGAGUGGGGCAGGGGUAGGCCUGCCUGGAGCCACAGUCUGGCCCUAUUCUCUUGGCCAGGUUUUCCUGAGGGCACAUGGACUCACGAGAGAAACUGUAAGGAGCAACCCCAUCACCUGCCCCCCAAGCUUUACAGCAGUGAAAAGCCUGCGGAGCCUGGCCAAGAUGGAGGGGCUGAGCCAGAAUUCCCUGCCUCCGGCGGAGAGAGCCUCUCAAGGACUGGCUGCCGGAGUCAGUCUAAUGGCUGCGGCAGUGCCCCGGCUUCAGACGCAUCUCAUCACUUCCACUGUCGGGAGGCAGGGAAGGGGGGUCUGGGAGCCUGUCCCGUGUUGGGGUUGAGAUGGAGGCCCGCUCCAGUGUCCUGGACCCAGUUGUCAUGGAGUUUCUUAAUAAAGGUCACACAUGUGCAUGGCAGAGCCUUCGCGAAUGCAGGUGAAGGAGUGUGUGUGUUCAGCUCUUGUCGGCAGCAGUGCUGCCCUGGCCAUCACAGGAUGGUGACCCCCUCCCCCACGCCAAGUCUGGGUUUCCCUUUCCUGGCUUGUACAGCCACAAGUCAGUGGACCUGACCCCACACCCAGCAGCCAGGCACCCUGGUAUGCUGAUGUCCUGACUCUCCUACUCAAGAGUGGCCACUGCCUGUUGGAACAGUUCACACUUGACUGCCUCUCGUGUCAAACCCAAUACUGAGGUCCACUCGGACCCCGAGCUACCGGGAGGCCCUGCCAAGGUCCCUCCUGUC